AGCCAAAGGUCACAGGGGGCGGGACUUAGCUUCCAUUGGAUCCUAACGCGUUCCCCUUCUUUUCUCUGCCGCAUCCCAUCUCUCCGCGUCUUGCCUCCUGCAGUUGGGAAGCCACAGCGCUCCCAGUUGGCAGCCAAGUUUGUGGAAUAGAUUUGACUGACAGUCAAGAUCCCCAGAGAUCAGUGCACUCCGGACUCCGAGUCGGCCUCGCCCAUUUUACGAAGUUCUCAAAAUCUAGCAAGUGUCCAACCCUCGCUUGUGCGAACUGGGAGAAUUGGGUGUGCCCUUAAAAAUUAGUUUAAGAUGUCGUCCUUUUAUGACAGGAACCCUCCCCUCUGGCCAGGUAUGAGACUGGAACGUUGGCCCGUUGCUCCCGCGUUUUCAACUGUCCCUUCCAGGACGCCGUCCCCUUCCCGAUACGCUAAGCGCUGGUCGAGCGCACGGGACUUCCGGGAGGUCUAGGAAGUCGCUUCGCUCUCUGGCAGGAGGCGGCGUUCUUCCCGCACGCCGCGAAAGAAACCUGCGGGUGUAGACCGGAAUCCUGGGACGGGGGGAGUGGACCGGGGAGGGGCGGGUCGGUCCCGGAGCUGCUGAUCUGGACGAGUGUCCUCCGACGCUGCGGCUGUCUGACCGACAGGUGGCCAUUCAUUCCAGUGCAGGAGCGAGAGCCCCUUCGGGGGGCUCUUUCGAAAGGUGCCCAAGCCCGAAGGAGCGCUGCCCUGCGCUUAGCCUGGGCUGCUGCCGACUUUCUCCGAGCGGAGGGCGUCCCCCUUCCACGCUGCGGCUCCGGUUUUCGCUGCCAUGGCUUUUCCCCAUCGCCUGGACGCCCCAGAGCUACCUGACUUCUCCAUGCUCAAGAGACUGGCCCGAGACCAGCUCAUCUAUCUGCUGGAGCAGCUCCCGGGGAAAAAAGACUUGUUCAUUGAGGCAGAUCUCAUGAGCCCUUUGGAUCGUAUCGCCAAUGUCUCCAUCUUGAAGCAACAUGAAGUAGACAAGCUGUACAAGGUGGAGAACAAGCCAGCCGUCAGCUCCAGUGAACAGUUGUGCUUCUUGGUCAGACCGCGGAUCAAGAACAUGCGAUAUGUUGCCAGUCUUGUCAAUGCUGACAAGUUGGCUGGCCGAACUCGGAAAUACAAAGUGAUCUUCAGCCCUCAGAAGUUUCACGCGUGUGAGAUGGUGCUGGAGGAAGAGGGAGUCUAUGGAGAUGUGAGCUGUGACGAAUGGGCCUUUUCUUUGCUACCUCUUGAUGUGGAUCUGUUGAGCAUGGAGCUCCCAGAAUUUUUCAGGGACUACUUCCUGGAGGGAGAUCAGCGUUGGAUCAACACCGUGGCGCAGGCCUUACACCUCCUCAGCACUCUGUAUGGACCCUUCCCUAACUGCUACGGAAUUGGCAGAUGUGCCAAGAUGUCGUAUGAAUUGUGGAGGACACUGGAAGAGGAGGAGGAUGGCGAAACCAAGGGCCGAAGGCCAGAAAUUGGACACAUCUUCCUACUGGACAGAGACGUGGACUUUGUGACGGCACUUUGCUCCCAGGUGGUUUACGAGGGCCUGGUGGAUGACACGUUCCGCAUCAAGUGUGGGAGUGUCGAUUUUGGCCCAGAAGUCACAUCCUCUGACAGGAGCUUAAAGGUGCUACUCAAUGCCGAGGACAAGGUGUUUAAUGAGAUUCGUAAUGAACACUUCUCCAACGUCUUUGGGUUUUUGAGCCAGAAGGCCCGGAACUUACAGGCUCAGUAUGACCGCCGGAGAGGCAUGGACAUCAAGCAGAUGAAGAACUUCGUGUCCCAGGAGCUCAAGGGACUGAAACAGGAGCACCGCCUGCUGAGCGUCCAUAUCGGGGCCUGUGAAUCCAUCAUGAAGAAGAAGACCAAACAGGACUUCCAGGAGCUCAUCAAGACCGAGCACGCGCUGCUGGAGGGCUUCAACAUCCGGGAGAGCACCAGCUACAUUGAAGAACACAUAGACCGGCAGGUGUCGCCUAUAGAGAGCCUUCGCCUCAUGUGCCUUUUGUCCAUCACUGAGAAUGGUUUGAUUCCCAAGGAUUACCGAUCUCUGAAAACACAGUAUCUGCAGAGCUAUGGCCCCGAGCACCUGCUAACCUUCUCCAAUCUGCGGCGAGCGGGGCUCCUGACGGAGCAGGCCCCUGGGGACACCCUCACGGCCGUGGAGAGUAAAGUGAGCAAGCUGGUGACGGACAAGGCUGCAGGGAAGAUUACUGAUGCCUUCAGUUCUCUGGCCAAGAGGAGCAAUUUUCGUGCCAUCAGUAAGAAGCUGAAUUUGAUCCCACGUGUGGAUGGCGAGUAUGACCUGAAAGUGCCGCGGGACAUGGCAUAUGUCUUCAGUGGCGCUUACGUGCCCCUCAGCUGCCGAGUCAUUGAGCAGGUGCUGGAGCGGCGGAGCUGGCAGGGUCUGGACGAGGUGCUGAGGCUGCUCAACUGCAGCGAGUUGGCGUUCACAGACAUGACCAAGGAAGACAAGGCUUCCAGCGAGUCCUUGCGCCUCAUCUUGGUGGUGUUCCUGGGUGGCUGCACGUUCUCUGAGAUCUCAGCCCUCCGCUUCCUGGGCAGAGAGAAAGGGUACAGGUUCAUUUUUCUGACCACGGCAGUCACAAACAGCGCUCGCCUCAUGGAAGCCAUGAGUGAAGUGAAAGCCUGACGUUCUCCCUGCCGCUGUCGACGUCUUCCCUGGCCACGUUCCCGAGGGGAUGCAGGAAUUGAUCCCAGCUGCUAAUGUAGUGUCCACCAACCACCCUACUCAGAGCUGGGGAGCGCGGAACUUGUGUGGGCUUUAGCAGAAAGUUACUUGAGCAGAGCGUUCACUUCCUGCCCCCAGGAAAUUUCUUUUUUGUUGAUGAAGUGCAGCUUGUGCUGAAAAGAGGGGGAGGAACAGGUACCUUUUGCUAAAUCCUGUUUGAGUAUCAUUGUAAAUAAAACCUCUGCUCUCAGAUGUCA